AUGUCGAUACCCCAUUCCGAAAAAGGUGUUGUUCAUGGUCAUAUCCAUAAUUAUAAUAACCUUACCUAUAUUCACGGUCAUGUUCAUAAUAAUGUGAAGCCGAAAAUGGAGGUGGAUGGUGAAAAUCCCGAUGAAAGUGUAGCUUUAAUUAACCAGUCUGAAAAAUUUAAUAAUGACUGCGCUAAGUUCCGGGACUGUCAGCAUUUUGAGUUUAUCAACUAUCAUAAUUUAAAUCUGUUGCAGGAGGCUACUAGGGAUUCCAAUAUGUUAUUGGCGGCAAAUAACGCUUCGGAGAAUAUCCAAGACGGUGGCGCGGAGAGUAAAAAAAGGAAGCUGAACAAUUGUGUUCAGUGUCAGCCGAAGAUAAUGGAGGUAUGUUGCGGCCAGCCGCACUUGGAGUCCGAGGUUCCUAAGGAUGUUGUCUUGUUUGAGGAGGUGAUGAAUGAUAACCCGCAGCCUAAGGGCGAGGAAGAUAUUGAUUUGCCACACUUUAUGAAUUGCGAGUUUACUUGCCAAGGAAGCGAGCAUUCUACGCAAACGCACGAGACAACGCCUGCUACGACGAUGAAGGGGGAUUCAGAUGAUCAAGUUUUUGAGAAGUUGUGCCAGCAGUGUAUGAAUUAUGAUCCCUGUGAAGAUCCCGAGGGCCAUCAUAACCAGUAUGCGCCCGAGUGCCACAAGCCUAUUUUCAACACUGAGACUGAUAUGUUAAUAUUAAAUGACCUUGUUAACAUCUCGAACAUGUACGAUUUGCCGUACACGAAUCCAGUGGAUCAGUCUGUGAACUUGCUGCACUCUAGUAUUUCGGGUCUUCAUGAUAUGACUGCGAACAUCGAACAUUUGCCAACUGAGAAUGUCCCCCACCAACACCAUCAGCACCACCACCACCACAGGAUAGAGCUCCAUCCCCACGCAUCCUGUAGUAGUCCGAAAGGGGAUCAAAAUCGCGGGUAUACCGAUGACAGACUGACGUCGUCAUUGAAUACUUCAGAGGCUGUGGAGAUAACAGACCAUGAAGCGAAUAAAAACGCUCCUAAACAGCUCAAAACCAACACCAUCAAGUUUAACUGGGCUUUCAAGAACAACGGCGAGACAUUCAGGUGCCUCUGGAAUGGCUGCACUCAUAGCUUUCAGACGCUCCUAGACCUACAAGGACAUGUGUUUAAGGAACAUAUCUAUAACGGCAAUAACGUCACGCAGCCGGAGAACCACUGUCAAUGGAAGGAUUGUACUUUUCUUCCAGAAAAUGAAGAUUCACUUAUUAAUCACAUUAACGGUGCCCACGGCAUUGGAUUUCAAAUCGAGUUCCUUGAUCGCAACGGAACACCUCAAAACUUUAAGCAUACUUGCUUUUCAUCGGCCACCGCCAUAAAGGCAAGAGAAGAUGGCACUUUCCAGUGCAUAUGGGACUCAUGUAACCAGAUAUUCAAUUCGCGCAAGGAUCUUAACGAUCACAUAGAAGUAAGUCAUAUACCUACUGGGAAGUCAUCAUACAAGUGCUCCUGGGGCACAUGCUCCAAGACGUUCACCCAGAGACAGAAGCUUCUUCGUCAUAUCAAAGUGCAUACUGGCCAUAAACCCUACAAAUGUCCCGAUUGCAAUAAGCACUUCAGCACAGAGGAUAUUUUAUCUCAGCACAUGAGAACCCAUUCUGGCGAGAAACCCUUUCAGUGUCAAUAUUGCGACAAGAAAUUUAGCUCUUCCAGCUCUUUAAGAAUUCAUAUCAGGACCCAUACGGGCGAAAAACCUCUCGUCUGUAAAAUUUGCGGUAAGCGUUUUAAUGAGUCCAGUAACCUAAGCAAACACAUGGCUGUCCAUGAAAGGAAGUAUAUGUGUAAAUGUUGCAAACGGAGCUUUGAUAAACUUGAGCAGUACAACCUUCAUGUGGCUAAAUGUGUUUACGCGAAGGCCAAACAACAGUCUUUCCUCGCAUGCAUAAGAUGA